UAAUUCCCAGCUAUCUAUUUCCCCAAAUUUCCCACUGCCAACUGUCCCUUUCUCUUUCAAUCCUCCUUAUUAGGAAUCUGGCGCCUUCUUCCCUCCCAGAUUAUCAUUCCAUCCAUGCACAUCAUCCCUCAUCUCAUUCCAAUCCAAACACUACCCAUUAUAACAACAUGGUUCUAAAUACUGAAGCUCGGACAUCUUUAGGACUACUUAACGUGCAUUGAUAUGCAAGGCCUUCUACUUGUCAUUCACCGUUUCGGCUUUAAUUCUGAGAUUCAGGCGACGCUAUGAGUGAGCUGUCCCAAAACUGAAUCGUAAGACCGCGACAGACAGCAACCUUAAUAAAAUCCCGAAACCAAACUUACCCUCCUCCGCUGUAGAUACAUCCUUCAUUAUGGAUGGGACCCAUUCAUAUGCCACGCACAAUAAUUAAAUGAUAGCUCAUGAAACUUCACUUGCGUUUCGAGUCACACGUUCAAGUUUCAACCACCGAAAAGAGAGACAGAGAGAGAGAUAGAGAGAUCCCACUCCUCCCUUCCCCUUCUAUUUAUAAAUUCCUUCGACCCCUGUUGCCUAAGCUCAAUAGAAUAUCAGCCCCUGUUUUCUUAACGAUGUUGGUGCUUCAAUCCGUGGCAGAGCUGAAGCCAUUGCAGCUUAAAACCCAGACACAAGUUCAGCCUCAUGAGAAGAACGGGCAUGAAGUAGCAGAGCAGCCAGUCUCUGGGAGUAAGGUUUCGUCGGAGUAUGAAGGAGCGGAAGCUCCCGAGUAUAGGAGGCUCGGGAAGCAUCGUUCCACUGACAAGUCCGUGGCGGGUGGUGGUGUCAUAAUAGGUGGUCUUGUUACUGCUAUUUUCGCUGCUGUUUUUUGCUACAUUCGGGUCACUAGGAAAAGGGAUCCUAGUUACUGAAUGUUCAUUUACGAGUGUUUUUCAAUUUCCAGUUCAUCUAGGAAAGUGAAACGGAAAGAUUGAGAUUGUAGUUACAGUGUAAGUGCGACUAUGAUAAUUAUUUAUGAGUAUAUAGUCAAUAUGAUUAUUAGAUUGGAGCUCCCUGUUUCUCUGAA